CACCCGGAAGUAUCUAUCACUUUGUCAGCUGGGGGAUUAGUGUUACUUGCUAUAGCACCUGUACUGAGGGAACAUUGUUGCGCUGAGGGACUGAAGCUGCUACUCUCUGAGCCAGGCAUCAGUAGUACUGAGAGACUGGAAUCUGGCACUCACUGUACCUGUACUAAGACUUGGGGAGCACUGAUCCUUACUACAUCUGUUCAGGGGAGCACUGAUACUUGCCUCAGCAUCUGUACUGGGAGCAGUUUAUUCUGGGAUUUCUUUUGUGGCUGUUUGGAGCAGCCUGGCACACCAGGACAGUGUGUGCUCAUCUUGGCACUUGGGAAGUGCUGCAUUGUGGAGAAGUGCGUACCCAUCUGGACUAGGGGAGUGGGCACUAUCAAGGAAUUAGCUUCUGUAGCUGGCGCACCAGCCCGAUUGUGUGUGGAUGUGUAAUUACGAUCUAGGUGCUAAUACAGCAUCCACAUGACCUGUAUAUUCAUCUGACUAAUCAUCACAAGCUACCACCCAUACAAGUGGUGAAGAAAAUGGUGGGACAGUGACAGAUCCAAAAUCUGGUGAAAGGAUGACAGCAUACUCGGAUAUCCACAACCUUCCUUUAGCAAACACCUUACAUUAUGACAAUGAAGACAUUAUACCUAUGGCUGGUCACCAGCCUCUGUUUUAUUUUACUGCAAGAGACUAAGGCAGGAACUUCCGUCUCUAUCCCAGAAUCUCUGCUGUUUGUGUCUACGCUGGAUGGGAGCCUUCAUGCCGUCAGCAAGAAAACUGGCGCCGUACUCUGGACACUGAAAGAUGAGCCUGUUAUUCAAGUGCCUCUGUAUGUGUCAGAACCUGCCUUUCUGCCAGACCCCAGUGACGGCAGUUUAUACAUUUUAGGAGGAAGGAACAAGGAAGGGCUGAUGAAACUGCCUUUUACAAUCCCAGAGCUCGUCCAGUCCUCUCCUUGUCGCAGUUCAGAUGGAAUAUUGUAUACAGGGAAGAAGCAAGACUCCUGGUAUGUUGUUGACCCAAAAUCUGGGGAGAAGCAGACAACUCUGUCCACAGAAUCAUCUGACGGUCUGUGUCCGUCCUCGCCCUUGUUGUAUAUAGGACGCACACAGUACAUGAUCACAAUGUAUGACACCAAAACGCGGGAGCUGCGCUGGAAUGCCACGUAUACGGAUUACUCGGCCCCCCUGUGUGACGACAGCUAUGAAUACAAGAUGUCUCACUUUGCCUCCACGGGAGAUGGAAUGCUGGUCACAGCGGACCAGAGCAACGGGGAGGUUCUAUGGAUGCAGAAUUACGGUUCCCCAGUGGUUAGUCUUUUUCUCUGGCACCAGGACAGCCUGCGACGUAUCCCCCAUCUCAAUGUUGCUAUGGAGACUCUCCGCUACCUGACAUUUAACUCCCAUGACAUCCGACUGCUCAAGUGGAACUACAAUGCUGUGCAGCAGCUAAGCAGCACCAAGACACACCUGCUACCAUCUUUGUAUGUGGGAAAGCAAGAUACAGGAUUCUAUGCAUCCACCUCACUGAUCCACGAGGGAGUUGCUGUAGUGCCGCGCGGUAUCACUCUGGCGCAGGUGGAGGGUCCAACUACUCACGAUGUGACUUUAAAGGAGGCUAACGAGUUUCAUGUGACUCCCAGCACAGAUGUCAAGUACCCACAAGGAAGUGUAGUGUCUGCCCAGCAUUGGCUGCUGAUAGGUCACCAUGAGUUGCCUCCUGUUGUUCACACAACCAUGCUCCGAGCGUUCCCUGAGACCCUACGGAGAGACAACGAGAACAUAAUACGUGGUCCUGCACCUAGGACUCUCUUUGAUGAUUUUUUGACGCCUCAAAAUGAGGGUGGGUUUCCUCAGGGUGAUACAGAGGGACGUUUGAAGACGGAACAAAACAAAGAGGAAGUGGGAACCGUGCUCCCAGAUACCUCGGUACCAAAUAUGCUCACUGUUGGCUUUAUUACGCUGCUCCUCGGGGGCUGGGUCCUGUUUGCACUUACUUACCCUAAGAUGAAGGAGCAGCAUCGCCGCCAACAGAUGGAGUUACAACAGCAGCUGGAAGAGAGGUUGCAGCUGCUACAGAAUAUUCAGAACACAUCUUCGAACACUCCUCCAUCUUCCAACAUCCCAGAAGUCCCUGCAUCUGCCGGAGAGCAGGAAGUAGGAGGAAGUAGCCAAAGGUCAAGUACAGAUCGUGACUAUUUACAGGCAAAUGGAACUAAGAGGCCGAGCAGGGAUAGUGGGAAUGUAGAUGCUGCUGAUGCCGAUGAGAUCUCUGUUGGCAAAAUCUCUUUCUCCCCCAAAGACAUUCUGGGCCAUGGAGCUGGUGGAACCUUUGUAUUUCGGGGCAAGUUUGAUGAUAGAUCUGUUGCUGUGAAACGGAUUCUACCGGAGAGCUUCACUCUGGCAGAUCGUGAGGUCCAGCUGCUGCGUGAAUCUGACGAGCAUCCUAACGUAAUUCGAUACUACUGCACGGAAAGUGAUAAGCUGUUCUACUACAUAGCGCUGGAGCUGUGUGCCGCUACCCUGCAGGAGUAUGUGGAGAACCUCAGCUUUCCGCGCUUUGGUCUGGACCCUGUGACGCUGCUGCAUCAGACAAUGUCUGGACUGGCACAUUUACACUCCAUGAAUAUCGUGCAUAGGGAUCUGAAGCCAUGCAACAUACUCAUUUCCCAGCCGAAUGCCCAAGGCCGGCGACGAGCUGUGAUUUCAGACUUUGGCUUGUGUAAGAAACUGAGUGUCGGACGGCACAGCUUCAGCCUGCGCUCUGGGAUUCCCGGCACCGAGGGAUGGAUUGCUCCUGAGGUUCUGCGAGAUGGGCCGAAACAAAACCCAACCUCAGCAGUGGACAUAUUUUCAGCAGGGUGCGUGUUUUACUAUGUAAUGUCGCAAGGACAUCAUCCAUUCGGUGACAGCUUGCGGAGACAGGGAAAUAUCCUGACAGCGUCCUACAGUCUACCCCAGAUCCAAGAGGAUAUUCAUGAGAAUGUGGUUCUGCGGGAUUUGGUUGAGGUGAUGAUUAGUAGCGACCCGCUACUUCGGCCCUCUUCAAAGUGCGUGCUGAGACAUCCGUUCUUUUGGUCCCCGGAGAAACAGCUUCAAUUUUUCCAGGAUGUUAGUGACCGAAUUGAAAAGGAGCCACUAGAGAGUCCAAUCAUUGUUGCCCUUGAGACGGAUUCCCGUUUUGUGGUCAGAGUAAACUGGAGAAUGCACAUAUCUGUCCCACUUCAAACAGACCUCAGGAAGUUCAGAUCCUACAGAGGGAAUUCCGUACGUGACCUUCUUCGAGCUAUGCGGAACAAGAAGCAUCAUUACCAUGAGCUGCCGGCUGACGUCCAAGAGACCCUGGGUUCCAUCCCUGAUGAUUUUGUGUCAUAUUUCACCUCCCGCUUCCCUCACCUGCUCCUGCACACUCGGCAGGCUAUGAAACAGUGCGCACAUGAACGGUCGUUCCAUUCAUAUUAUUACUGGGAACCGGACCGAUGAGACGACAUAAUAGUUGCUGUGACUCCUCUAUCUAUGGACACAAAGGGACCCUAAAAUAUCCAGUAACAGGGAGCAAAGUGCCUGAGAUAAAUUCCGUAUCCUGUUUGCACUUGAGCUUUGCAUAUAGUGAAGCUUCGGACUGCACUGACUUUUUUUAGACUUUAUUUAGUAUUUUUUAUCCCUGCAAAAAAAAAAAUCUUGUACAUAAUCAGAAAAUAAUUUCUAAAGGGAAAGAAACGCUCUGGUCAUUACUAGAGGACUUAUCAUUUUGUACUGUUUUAAAGAUGCCACUUUUUUAUUUGCACAUUUUAUAAAGCUUUAGAAUGUGGUGCAGAAUCUCUAUAAAAAAAAACUAAUAAGUGCGGUUGAACUGGUUAAGUGGUAUGGACUAUGGACGACGGCCAUCUUGAUUUGGCUUUUUUGUUUUAUAUCCGACUUUGUUGUUUUAUAUAUUAAUUGCUUUUACAAUCUGUCAAAUUACAUUCUCAUAAAUCAGGUAGAAUGGGAAAUCCGUUACAUACAAGACUGUGAUUUUUUUAUUUUUUCCUACCAAAGAAUAUAUGAAUGGUUUUUUUUUUUAUGGCUUAUACAUUGUUUUGAAAGCAUACAAACAAAACAGGAGUGCAGAGAUCUAAGUGUAAUAUGGGAACACAUUGGACUUUAUUAAAAGAGAAGAAUCACACAAUGA